UCAGGCCCCGCCCCUAAGCGCUGGCCCUGGGCCCGGAGGCGCUGAGAAAGGACUUCGCUGGAUUGACACAGUCUCAUCUCCUACAACACCCAUGGAGGGAGCCGCGGUUCGGCUGCUGCGCGGAAGCGCGCUGCUAAGAAGACAUGUCCCAACUUGCCUGUCUUCUUGGAAAACUCCUCCCCGUGUCCUGAAAUCUUCCCAGUCAGCAGCUCUGCUCGGUGUAAUGGAUCAUGGGCCAUCCUGCACCGCCCUGCAGAUGUUUACAGAGGAGGAGAUGAUGAUUAAGAACACAGUUAAAAAAUUUGCCCAGGAACAGAUUGCUCCUCUGGUUUCAACGAUGGAUGAAAAUUCAAAAAUGGAGGAAUCAGUAAUACAAGGAUUAUUUCAGCAAGGGUUGAUGGGUAUUGAAAUUGAAACAAAAUAUGGAGGAACAGGAGCUUCCUUUUUUUCCUCUAUCCUAGCGAUAGAGGAAUUAGCCAAAGUUGAUGCGUCUGUGGCUUUGUUGUGUGACCUCCAGAACACCGUCAUUAACAAUCUCAUUAGAAAACAUGGAACAGAAGAACAAAAGGCUACCUAUUUGACCGAGCUUGCGACAGAGAAAAUAGGAAGUUUCUGCCUUUCAGAGGCUGGAGCAGGUAGCGAUGCAUUUGCUUUGAAGACCAGAGCUGAUAAAAAGGGAAAUUAUUAUGUCAUCAAUGGGUCAAAGAUGUGGAUCACCAAUGCUGAGUAUGCGGGGCUCUUCCUGGUGAUGGCAAACAUAAAUUCUGACCUUGGGUAUAAAGGAAUUACCUGCUUCUUAGUAGAUCGCGAUACUGAAGGCCUUCACGUAGGGAAAGCAGAAAACAAAAUGGGGUUGAGAGCUUCUUCCACCUGCCCAUUAACGUUUGAAAACGUCAAGGUUCCAGAAACCAACAUCCUGGGACAAAUUGGACACGGCUAUAAGUAUGCCGUAGGGAGUCUUAAUGAAGGCAGAAUAGGAAUUGCUGCACAGAUGCUGGGAUUGGCUCAAGGCUGCUUUGACCACACUAUCCCAUAUAUGAAGGAAAGGAUACAAUUUGGCAAAAGGAUAUUCGAUUUUCAGGGGCUCCAACACCAAGUGGCUCAGGUGGCCACCCAGCUGGAGGCUGCAAGAUUGCUAAUAUACAACACUGCUAGGCUUUUAGAAGGUGGAAAGUCAUUCAUAAAAGAAGCAUCCAUGGCCAAAUACUAUGCAUCAGAGAUUGCAGGCCUCACAACCAGUAAGUGUAUCGAGUGGAUGGGAGGAGUCGGCUACACCAAAGAUUUCCCUGUGGAAAAAUACUUCCGAGAUGCAAAAGUUGGCACAAUAUACGAAGGAGCUUCAAAUAUCCAGCUCAACACCAUCGCAAAGUGCAUUGACACAGAAUACUGACGUCCACAGGGACGGGCCUCUCCCCCUUGUCGCUGGUAUAAAAGUCUAAACGAUCGUGCCUUUUUGUGGAAGUAAACCUCCAUGGCAUUGAAGUAUUCUGUUCAAGGCCUUAGUCAUGAUUCUUGGGAUUGAUCUUUUGUGUUUUAUCUUUCCAGUCUGCAUAAAUUAGGCACCGGGAAAUCAUUUUUCAAAUUUGGGAAGAAGGGCAUCUGUGUUUUCUCCAAAACUGUUGUUAAAGUUGUACACGUGUAAAUCACUUCAGCUUCAGGGCAGACAGAUGUUUCACUCUGUCAGCAUUUGGAGAAAUGCAUGUGAAGUAUUACGUACAGACAUGACUGCUUUAUAUUCCCGUUAAAUCUUUAUUUUUUGGAUCAGAGAAACAUUUGUUAUAGUUGGCAAUUCUAUUGAUCGAUUCAGUUCUAAGUUACUAGCCUAGGUAGGAACUGAAAAUGUAUUUAGAAAAAUCUAAAAAAAAAGUUUUAAAAAAAUGUUUAUUUUGAAGGAAAAAGAGAGAGAGAGAGUGGGCAGGGGAGGGGCAGAGAGAGGGAGAGAGAGAAUCCCAAGCAGGCUUCUCGCUGUCAGCAGAGCCCAAUGCAGGGCUCUUAUCUCAAGAACCGUGAGACUAUGACUGACCAGGAGUUGGAAGCUUCACUGAAUGAGCCACCCAGGUGCUCCUAAAAAAGAAGGUUACUUUUAAAAAAGAAAAAUCUGGGGUGCCUGGGUGGCUUAGUUAAGCGUCCAACUUCAGCUCAGGUCAUGAGUUCGAACCCCAUAUCGGGCUCUGCAUUGACAGUGCAGAGCCUGCUUCGGAUCCUCUGUCUCCCUCUCUCUCUGUUCCUCCCCAGCUCGUUCUCUCUCUCUCUCUCUCUCUCUCUCUCUCUCUCUCUCAAAAAUAAACAUUAAAUAAAUAGAUAGAAAGAUCUGAAAGUUCUAGUUCUAAAUGGAAGUGGGUGGAAAAUAAGGGUAUAAUUCUAUAGGUCAUAUGAUUGAAGACAUUAUUUUAACAAAAGAAAGCAAUACGAUUUGUUCCUAUAAUUGAGCUGCGUAAAAGAUGCAUUUCAUGAUGUUUUCAGCAGAUCAUUUUAAAAACAAGUUCUUCUCGGGGCUCCUGGGUGGCUCAGUCGGUUGGCCGUACGACUUUGGCUCAGGUCAUGAUCUCGCGGUUCGUGAGUUCAAGCCUCGCGUCGGUCGGGCUUGUGCUCACAGCUCGGAGCCUGGAGCCUGCUUCAGAUUCUGUGUCUCCCUCUCUCUUUAUUCCUCCCCUGCUCGCACUCUGUCUCUCUCAAAAAUAAAUAAACGUUAAAAAAAAAAAAAAAAAGAACAAGUCCUUCUAUUAGUUUUCAAGCAUAAAGUUUAAAUAGUUUGAUUUAAUAAUCAGAAUAUAUUCAGUAUUAUAAUAUUCAUUUUAUCACACACUGUUUUUCAGCAACAUCAUUUCUUUCUGUAUUUGAACUGAAUAGUAUUUCCUCAAACUUAAAGUUAUUGGGCUUGACCAUGAAUAGUAAUGCAGAUGCUGUGUUUUGGUUCAGUGGUUCUCAAGAGGGAGAAAUCUUGUCCCUGUAAAGAAGUAUAUCAAAAUCUUAUAAGGAAUGAGUUAGAAGGGGCCUGUAGAGUUUGAAAAAGCAUAUUCAGUGAUAUGGAAAAUAAUAUAAAAAUAAUUUUAUAUCUUGCAAGGCAAAAAUCUAUUUGUUUCACAAUACAAAUUACAGAAAAGCAAAGCUCUACAGAAUAUAGAGCUGGUGAUGCCAUCUCUUCAGUAUUGGGGAUUCUCAAUCAGGAGAAAAGGACUCUCCUCCCCCCUCCCCCAAGCCAGGGUACAUAUCCUGAGUCCCCUCAGGGAAGUAGAUGACAGAUGGAUUAGAGUUUUGUCUCUUCUGAAAAGGUGGGAUGGGUCAGAGAUGUUGAAAAAUGCUUCAGGGUUCAUACUGCUGCUGUAUGGGAAGCAUUUUAGUCCAUAAAUGAGAGGAUCAUGCUUAUUAAGAAAACCUGACAUUUUUAAAGUAAUUUUGCUUUUGCACCUUCAUGUUUCUUGAAUUGGAUUAAUUUCUGUGAUGCAAAUCAUAGUUAAAUACUCAGAAUUGGUAAAUACAAUUGAGAUAGGAAUUACUUUAAAACAUCAGAAAGAAAUAAAGACAAAUACAGAUCUUGGAUCAAAAGAGAUUACGUCUACGUGACUUUCAAAUAGGAAGAUGAUAGAAAUUCCUUCAUUCAGUCUUUCGGAACAAAAAGGCAGUGUAAUCUGAUAAAAAAACAAAAAAAAUAGGGGAAUGGAUGAAAUGCCCUAAAACAAGGCUAGACGUCUAGUCUUUAAUUUCUGUGAUUAUGUAAAAGGUGGACUUCACAAAUAAUGCAGAAGCCAACAUUAGUACCAAAAAAAAAAAAAAAAAAAAAUCCCACUGGUUCCUGUGGAAUUGUAAAGACGUGAAACUUCAAGGAACCUCGUGUUGGAAUUAGCAGCAUUGGAGAAACUCCUGUGUACGUCCAGACCUUGAAUGUAUAUUCAUUGUUGACAAAGUUCUAAUGAUGUGUACCUUUGUCCAUGUUCACAAAAACCAGUUGCAAGUUAAUUCUGUAAUCUAGUUAAUGCAUCUACCUUCUCGUAUUAGGGAAUUAUUGUGUCAUUUUGCCUUUUACCAAAAAGGAUGUCGUGGGUUUUCCCUGUAGUUCUUCCCUUAUACCUUUUCUUAAUAACCAUGACUUUAGGGGCUUUAAAACGGUCUAUCCCGAGUUUGUGUCUAAUGGAGAAUGAGCUGGUUCACCUCCUGAAGGCUGUCAUUUUUCUUUGUGAGUUUGAGGAUUGGGCCUUCGUGGCUCUCAGGAGUUUCAGACUUGAACCCAAACACCAAAUACGUCUUGGCUGUAUUUGUGUGGAAGGAGCUGGACUCAACCCAACUGCCAAGUCGGUAUUGUUAGAGAUUUCAUUUUACAACACGAAAAUGAAUCAGUGUCAAAAGAUUUUAGAACCACGGAAAGAUAAACCUGGAAAGACCUUAGAGAACUAUCCGGCCAACUCUUCAUUUUAAGCGCGAAAGAUUCAUGACCCAGAAUGUUUGCCCAAGGUCAUCCACCAAGGACAAAACAAGACAAGAAUCCAAGUGUACUGGCUCCCGAUACAGUGUUCUUCCUCCUUCCUGACAUCAUCUCUGUUCAGCAGAUUUUGGAUUUCAUUCUUAUUAUAUUUCAGUAUGAUUGUUGAUUUAUUUCUUUUAACUGACCAAGAGCGUUUCAGAAGUGUUGUGAUUGAUCAGUGUCAUGACUUACAUACAUUAAUCUCCUGCCAAAGACACCAGCUGCCAUCGGUUGAAGCUGGCAUGUCACAUGUGAAGAUUAUUGUGUAUGAUUUGGUUUUAUGGUUAUGACAUAUGUUAGCAAAUGCAUUUAGUUCUAUCCUCACUGUUGUAUUUUGCUGAUCCUUCAUGAAGGGAACGGUGUAUGUCAAUCAGACUACUCAGUGUCACAAAGUCCGUAUCCUAUGGAGAAGGAAAAACUACGGCACUAAGUUAACUGGAGAUUUUUGCCGCUCUGACAAAGCAAAAUCGUUCAUUCCACAUACAGAUGAAGUAACAAAAUGGUGUAAUCUUCCUGCAAAAUACAUAACACUUUUGUUUGCCAGCCUGAUAGCUUGCCUCUCCUGUAAGCCAAUUUCGUUUUCAGAGAAGAGGUCCUACGAUAUAGACCAAGUUUAAAUUCUGAUGCUAAAGAAAAUUUUACUGGAGGACCCUUUUUUCUUUUUUUUUUUUCUUUUUUCCUUUUUUUUUUUCAGCAAAAUAAGGAACUCUUCAGUUUGAGAGGUCACCUGUUUUGAGCACACCUUCACAGGAUAGAUCUCGUCUAGCUGAUAUUUAUACCUGUGCUUUCUAGUACUACUUCUGGAAAUUUUAUAUCGUUGUGCCUUUUACUCAGUGAUCUUCUAUAGCCCGACGCCGCAGGUUUCAGCCUGUCUGUUCCCCGUUCCCUCCUAUGCUACUUUAGAAAUCCAGGUAUCGGUCGUUCAGCGAUUUGUGCCGAGCAUUCACUGUGUCCAAGGGUCGAAAGUGCCCCAAGGGGAUGAGAAAGUAGAUGCUUAGUGAAACGUGUGCUGAUCUCAGGGGUCAUUUUUCUGUCCUCGUUGGUGCCUCCUCACACAGAGAUGGAGUGGGAAACUACCAAGCCCAGCCCUAUGCAAAAGUACUUCUUUAGAUCCUUUAGAAUAACACUAAGCGCUAACGUCUCUUGAGCUCUUCCCAUGUGCCACCUGCUAUUCUGUGCUUUUGAUACAUAUUAACUCACAACAACCCUUUACGGUAGGUGCUCCUGUUAGCCCAUUUUACAGGCAAGGAGACUGAGGCAUGGAGAGGUUCAAUAAGAUGCUUAUUGGUACAUGACAGAAAUGAUUCAAACUCGGGCAGUCUGGCUGAUGAAGGCCAUCCCAGGUUCGUUCCUCCGGUCUUACGGGUUUGCUCAUCUUCAGGAGGCUUCCAGUAAAAUGCCAGGAUGAUCUUUUCAAACAGGGAAGGGUAGCUAGCAGGCCUGCAAAAGAAAUCAUUAGGGGUGGUGGGAGCCUGUGUGUUUUGGGAGAAAGACUGGGGAGUGGGGUGGAUAGGGUGAUGGAGAGAUGUGGCUGAAAGGAGAGCAAAGUACUAAAAAGGGCACUAAGGCAAUACCAGAAAAUGUCCUGCCCUCCAGAGUGAUCUAGAAGUUUCCCUGAGACAGGAAGAAUGAGAGAGCAGGAUAAAAAGCUGAGUGGUGGUAUAGGAUGUUUGAUGUGCAGUUAUCUGUAUGGAUAGCUACAAUAUAAAGGGGAAAAGCUAACUUUGCAAAAGUUACUUGUUUUUAAAGAAAGCGUGGUAAGUAGGAAACAAAAUAAGGUAGGGGUACAGCCAAACAUAAUAGGUAUACAUGGGUUAAACUCACCCAUGAAAAAGAAAGGAUGUUAAGAUGGGACAAAAGGAAAAUAUAACUCCCAGCUACCUACAGUUAGAAACGCCAACAAACAGGAAAGUUGAAGGGAAAAGACCGCACACCUGCUUCAAGAAGUACCAGCACUGAAUUAAAGGCACAAAUAGUCGUAAAGAAUAUCCAUGAGAAAAUAGGAAGAUUUCGCCAAGAAGGCCCACUAGUCGUGAACUUUAUGUCUCUAACAACAUAACUGGGAACUAUAUAGAGCAAAACAAAUGGAAAUACAAUGAAAACCAUCGACAAAACCAUCAUCCUGGGCGCUGACUCAGAAAUCAACCAGCCUAGUAGAAAAAGGUAAGAACAGGAUAACAGAGGAUUGGGAUAGCAGAAGUUACAAUUGGUGUCAACGGGGGCAGGACUGUCCUUUUGAAAUGCAAAAGAACGGCCCUACUCCAGGAAAUUGCUACAAAUUCUGGGAAAAAAAAAAAAACCCAAAUUUUACAGGCAACCUUCACCAUACACGAUGGUAAGUAAAUAAAUAACAAAAAGAUAGAAUACAAAAAAGGGAACCAUAGCUUUAAAUAACUUUGGUUAAUUACAACAUGAAAAUACAGGUUACGAUUGUGGACAGAGGCGUGGGAAGCCCAGCUGUCUUGGUCGGGUGCCUAAGGGAGGACAGCCAAGAAGGCGUGUCCCAGACUCUUAGGACAGCAGAGUUUGUAGUAGUGAGAAAGUAGAAACGUAGCGAGAGAAUAAACAAUGGAAUCACACACUGUACAUCCCAUGUGGCAGUUUAAAAGAGUAAGAUCCACAUAACCUCGAAUAUUUGCCCAGAAUGGUACAGAUCUAUCUAUUUCGGUAAGUCAAGCAUGCAUAGAAAUUUUUAGAAUGAACUCAGGAAGUGUGGUGGCCACGCUGAUAACUGCACCGAGGGCCUGUGCUGGCUCGUGAGAAGGUAGCCCUGGGGGUCAUUGGCAUCAUCUGUACUGUUGGAAGUCUUAUAAUGGGGUGUAAUAGUACUUGUAAUUAAAUAAAUGUAAGAGUAAUUGUGAUUUGAAAAUAAAGCUACCUGAAGGGUU